AUGCCAUCACUUCGUGUGGGGAGUCGCCUAAGGACUUACAAGCCAGGGCUCGAUCGAGUUGAAGCUUGGCCGGUCGAGUUGAGGAACUCGACCGGUUGGUCGAGUAGACGGUCGAGCUGGUCUUCAAGAUGGCUUCUCCCUUCUUCCUUUGCGUAUCCAGUUGAGCUGCGUCCAUGUGCCAAGUCCCUCCAUGCUCCUUGUCCCAUAUGCUCCAGAAUGCUCCAAAAGACCUAUUUCAAAGGACCAAACAUGCAUAUACCAGAUAUAGCUUUUGCUACUAAUCUCCUUGCAAGAUACAGCUCAUCGCCUACCAGAAGACAUUGGAACGGAAUAAAACAUAUAUUCCGUUAUCUUCAAGGUACGAUUGAGUUUGGAUUAUAUUAUUCAAGAAACCCCGAGGUUGGUUUAGUUGGUUUUGCAGAUGCUGGCUACUUGUCUGAUCCGCAUAAAGCUCGAUCGCAAACCGGUUAUGUUUUCACAUACGGUGGAACCGCGAUCUCUUGGCGUUCCCAAAAACAAACUUUGGUUGCAACGUCUUCAAAUUAUGCGGAGAUCAUUGCACUUCAUGAAGCAUGCAGGAGUGUGUAUGGUUGA